GGUGUAAAUGGAGUAUCCGCAUAUAUGGAUGAUGUAAUCGUCGGAGGAAGAACGCAGGAAGAGCACGAUUCCGCCCUUGAAGAAACCCUGAAGCGCAUAAUGGAUUACGGGUUUACCAUUCGGAAAGAAAAGUGCGCAUUCAACAAGCCGGAAAUCCGUUACCUUGGGCACAUCAUGGACAGCCGAGGCCGGCGACCCGACCCAGCCAAGAUCGACGCCAUAAAACAGCUACCUCCUCCGAAAGACGUCACAGGUGUUCGGUCAUUCAUCGGUGCGAUAAAUUUUUAUGCCAAAUUUAUCCCAAACAUGCGCAACUUACGCUAUCCUUUGGAUAGGUUGCUACUAGACGGAAGCUCGUUUCAGUGGACAGCAGAAUGCCAGAAGGUGUUCGACCAAUUCAAAGCGCUUUUAUCAUCGGAACUCUUACUAACUCACUACGACCCGAAGCGUGACAUAGUUGUUUCCGCCGAUGCAUCUUCGGUUGGAUUAGGGGCAACUCUAUCUCACAAGUACCCAGACGGAUCCUUAAAAGUGGUACAGCAUUCAUUCAGAGCGCUCAGCAAAGCGGAAGCUGGUUAUAGCCAAAUCGAUCGAGAGGGACUGGCUAUAAUUUUCGCUGUAACCAAAUUUCAUCGCAUGAUAUUCGGUCGUCAUUUCACGCUUCAGACCGACCACCGACCACUAGUACGCAUAUUUGGCAGCAAAAAGGGGAUUCCAACGUACACGGCAAACAGGCUCCAAAGGUUUGCACUUACGCUUCAGCUGUACGACAUGGACAUCGAGUACAUUCCAACAGGCUCAUUUGGAAACGCCGAUGUGUUAUCCCGGCUAAUACAACACCACACGAAACCUGAAGCCGAAUACCAUGUGCGUGUUCGUUGCCGAAAGACGGGACAUAAGGAAGGAUUUUGCGAUACAGCAUCACGUGUUUAUCGAGGUAGGUCACUAAAGCGUGUGCGUACGGUUUUAGUGAAUGCGAUCAAUUCCGUGAACCGUGGUUUUGUUAGUGUCAGUUUAGCAGGACAUGCUGUGAGAAUGAUGGUAGACACAGGUGCCGAAAUAACCAUAAUCUCUGAGAGAAACUGGCAGCGCAUCGGUAGACCAAUGCUUCGACAAGCAUCGAUUAAAGCGAAAUCGGCGACCGGCAAUUGUUUAGAAUUAUUGGGCGAGUUCCAAUGUAUGCUCACGAUUGGGCAGCGAUCAGAAGAAGGUACAGUGCGCGUUACGAAAGAAGACCUCAUGUUAUUAGGGAAAGACGUAAUGGAAUUGUUUGGUUUGUGGGAUGUACCACUAACAUGCGUGUGCAAUAAGGGGACCGACGUCACAACGAAUUCCCAGGAGGUAACGAAACUCGAAGAGUAUAAGGAUUUGUUUUCCCACGGGUUGAGACACUGUACCAAAAUGAAGGUUAGACUAGAACUUAAAGAUGAUGCGAUUCCGGUAUUUAGACCAAAACGUCCAGUGAGCUAUGCGAUGCUCCCAGCAGUGGAUGAGGAACUAAAUAGGCUCGAAAAAGAAGGAAUUAUAUCUCGCGUGAAUUAUUCAGCAUGGGCAGCGCCUAUCGUAGUAGUGCGCAAGGCAAACGGUUCGUUAAGGAUUUGUUGGGAUUACUCCACUGGGCUGAAUAAUGCGUUACGACCGUACGAGUACCCUUUACCGCUCCCUCAAGAUAUAUUCGCUAGCCUAGCUAACUCGACUAUAUUCAGUCAGAUAGAUCUGACCGAUGCGUUUCUGCAAAUUGAAGUAGAUGAGGAAUGUCGAGAACUGCUAACCGUAAAUACGCACAGAGGCUUGUAUUCUUACAAUCGGCUUCCACCUGGAGUUAAGGUUGCGCCAGGCGCCUUUCAGCAAGGAAUGGAAACAAUGUUAGUAGGACUUAAAGAUGUGGCUGUCUACUUAGACGACAUUGUCAUAGGUGGAGCAGAUACGGUUGCGCAUAACAAGAAUAUUAGAGCUGUACUUGAUAAGCUAAAGGAAUACGGGUUUAGGAUACGCCCUGAGAAGUGCAAUUUUAUGCAACAGCAGAUUAGGUACCUAGGGCACAUUUUGGAUCGUAAUGGGUUAAGACCUGAUCCGGCCAAAAUAGAGGCGAUCACGAAAAUGCCAUCACCAAAACAGCCUUCAGAAUUGCGAUCAUUUCUUGGUGCCGUUAAUUAUUAUGGGAAAUUUGUCCCACAGAUGCGCAACCUACGAUACCCUUUAGAUGAGCUUUUGAAACGAGAUAAGGGUUGGCAUUGGAGCACAGAAUGUCAGGAAGCAUUUGAGAUGUUUAAGCGAAUGUUAAGCUCCGAUCUUUUGCUUACAUACUAUGAUCCGCAAAAAGAUAUAAUAGUGGCCGCGGAUGCGUCUUCAGUAGGAGUAGGGGCUACGAUAAGCCACAAAAUGCCGGAUGGAACUGUGAAAGUAGUGCAGCAUGCAGCGCGAGCGCUGACAAAAGCAGAAGAAGGUUACAGCCAACCAGAUCGAGAGGGCCUAGCUAUUAUAUUUGCUGUCACGAAGUUCCAUCGUAUGAUUUUCGGGCGGAAAUUUACACUACAGACCGAUCACGCUCCGUUAUUACGGAUUUUUGGUUCACGCAAUGGUAUUCCAGUGUAUACGGCGAAUAGGCUACAGCGUUGGGCCUUGACAUUGUUGAUGUACGAUUUUAAGAUCGAAUAUGUGCCGACAGAUAAAUUCGGAAACGCAGACGUUCUAUCACGUUUAAUAGAUAGACAUGAAAAGCCAGAACCGGAAUUUGUUGUAGCAAGUAUUAAUGCGGAUAAAGAAGUGCAAUGUCUAGUUAGAUGUAUCACGGAAGUAAUGCCACUUACGUUUGAAGAUAUUGUGCGUGGAACCAGUAACGACGUUAAAUUGGAACAAGUAGCGAACUACGUUCAAAACGGAUGGCCGACUAGGAAACUGGUGGAUACUGAACUCAGAAGUUUUCAAGUUAGGAGCGAAUCUCUAUCCACCUUUAACGGAUGCAUACUAUUUGGCGAUCGAUUAGUGAUUCCAAGAGAUCAAAGAUUAAAGUGUUUAGCUCAGCUUCAUAAAGGCCACCCGGGCAUUGAGAGAAUGAAGGCCCUUGCGAGAAGUUACGUUUAUUGGCCCGGGUUGGAUCGCGACAUAGAAGAAAAAGUAAAGCGUUGUAGUAAUUGUGCAAGUGCGGCUAAGUCAAUGGCUCAUAGCAUACCAAUCCCAUGGCCAGCAGCUAAAGGUCCCUGGCAGCGCGUGCAUGUCGAUUUUGCCGGACCAAUAGGAGGAAUGCAUUAUCUGUUAGUUGUUGAUUCUUAUUCUAAGUGGCCGGAGAUUGUAGCGACUCCAACAAUCACGUCUAGUGCGACUAUUCAAAUUUUACGAGGGAUAUUUGUUCGAUUUGGAAUGCCGAAUACCUUAGUGAGUGAUAAUGGGGCACAGUUCACGAGUGCAGAAUUUAGUACAUUCUGCACAGUUAAUGGUAUAGAACAUCUGCGCACCGCACCCUUCCAUCCCCAAUCAAACGGACAGGCCGAAAGAUUUGUAGAUACCUUUAAAAGGGCUUUAAAGAAAUUGGAAGGGGAAGAAAAUACGAUACAAGAAGCUUUAGAUGUUUUUCUAAUAACGUACCGAAGUACACCACACAAACUUCUAGAGAACGAUCAAUCGCCAGCUGAGGUUAUGUUAGGCCGUCGUAUGCGGACUUGUAUGGAAUUAUUACGGCAUCCAGCUGAGCCAGUUAUAAAUGAAACGAAUUGUGCAAUACUAUCAAAAGUGUACAAUAUGAAUGAUCAGGUCUAUGUAAAAAGGUAUUUUAGAAACAAGUGGAAAUGGGUGCGCGGCAUAGUUCAAGGGAAGUUAGGAAGAGUAAUGUAUGAAGUGCUUACUGAAGAUAACAAGCUACAAAGAUCGCACGUAAACCAACUUCGUAGACGAUAUGAUAAUACUCAGCCGGUUUUGAACAAACCCCGUAUGUUAGACGUGCUGUUAGACACUUGGGGUAUAGACGCGUGUAAGCCAGCAUCAUCAUCAGUAUCGCCCUGUAUACCGCAUCAUCAAACAGCAUCGCCGUUAUCAUCAUCGUCAUCGUCAUCUAUAUCGCCGUCGUCAUCGUUUCCGUCAGUACUUCCGUCAUCACCAUUGUAUUCGUCAUCGUUGGCACCAGCAGAGGGAAGUACCUCAAUGUCUCCGGGAUUUGCAACCGCCGAUAGCGGACCAACAACACCGGUGGAACAUCUACGCCGAUCUACGAGGGUUCGAAGACCGCCGCAGUGAAUGGAGCCUUACCGCCGGAAUUAGGAGGGAGAUGUUGUGGAGAUACGGUUCUGUCGAAACCGUGCUUAGUACACAGCCUUGUGUACUAGGCUUCACAACCCGACGAGUGACAAAUGUCACUCGGUGCGGUGUGUGUGUAUGCGGAGUUUUAUCUCUCUCUUCUAUCGCCAGCGGUCGCCGAAGCAGGAUGCGUGAAAUAUACGUUAAGUAAUUGUAUUCAAAGUA